GUAGCACCUCAAGACAACAUCACUUCAAGUAACCAGUCAGAAGAAACCAAAUAAACCAUGAAGACUCAGAUCCUGAUCCUUCUGGCCAUCACCUGCCUCUCGUCCUUCGGAUCCGCGUCUUCCUCCACUCAGAUCCUGUGCGGCAGACGUCUUGCCAACACCCUGGCCUACAUGUGCUAUGACGAGUCUGUGGAGAAGAGAUCUGGCUCCAACCGGCUGGAAGACAAGUACUGGUGGACCGGAGCCUUGGGGUCCAGGGGCAAGCGAGGAGGCGUCGUGGAGGAAUGCUGCGAGAAGCCCUGCAGCAUUGAUGAGCUACUGUCUUAUUGUUAGAGGCUGGUCUAAUUGUUGUGGUUAAUGACGUCAAAGGAAGG